AUGGUUUCUAUUAAGCAUAUCGCUACCUUCUUUUCCUCGGCUCUUGCCGUCGUGGCAUCGCCUACUUUCCGCAACUCUAGCGACAAUGUCAACGACAUUUCUGCUCGUCAAGCUUCGCAGAUCCCUCCCAACUCUCUGUACCUCGUCGAAUGGUACCCCAACGGCUGUGGCAACGGCAACGGAGUUUCUCUCACCGGUCACGAGGAGACUCUCGCCGUUUGCUCCAAGUUCAACGGUCUCUAUGACCCCAACGCCGCCGACUCCGCUUCCGUCCGCUUCUUGUUCCCGGACGACGGCCGCACCUUCAAGUGGCGCCUCUUCAGCAGCAACACCUGCAGCACGCAGAUUGCGACCGGCACCGGUGGCGGAUGCUUCAGCGUCCCAUCCAACCAGAACGUCGGCGCCAUCAUUGUCUACACCUAA